AUUUCAGUAAAUCUAUCAUCUCCCCUUGUCUCCAUACAACCGUUUCUGGGACAUGAUCCAUCUUCUCUACCUAUAUUCAUCCGCUAAAUCUGAAUUUUAACUGUUCUUCAAUUCUCAAUAGAAAGAAAACAUUCUUAAACCCACCAACUGUUCUUCAAUUCUCAAUAACAUGUUCAUAAUUUAAAGAAGGGGAAAGAAAGGUGAUCGAUUUUGUUCUACCCAUUAAAAUGGCAACAACGACUAUUUUUUUGAUUAUUUGGGCGAUGAUUAUGAUGAUCAAAUCAGAUGCUUUCGAUACAAACGACGUUUUCAGUCCCUGUUUGGAUGCAAAAGUACAGAAAUGGGAUGGAUUCACCUUUGGCCUUGCAUUUUCAUCAAAGGAGUCUUUUUUCUUCAACCAAACUCAACUUUCUCCAUGCGAUAAACGUUUGCCUUUAUCUGAAAAAAGCGCAAAACUCGCGGUAUACAGACCAAAAAUCGACGAAAUUUCCCUCCUUACUAUCGAUGGUGACACAUUUGAUCAGAGCUUGGAUGGCGGUUAUAUGGUGGCAUUUGCUGGUAGACAAUAUGCAGCAAGAUCAAUGCCUAUUUUAGUAUCAGACAAUACACAUAUAAUAACUAGUUUUACUCUGGUGCUGGAAUUCAGUAAGGGAACACUUCAAAAUCUACACUGGAAGAAGUUUGGUUGCAGUUCAUGUUCUGGAAAAUCGGUUAUCUGUCUCAACGAUCUAGAUUGCGCGAUUCCAAUUUCAGAUUGUAAGACCGACAAUAAAGGAACUGCGGAUUGCAACUUGAGCAUACAGCUUGCAUUUUCGGGUACAGACAGAAACGAUGAAGUGCUCAAUUCUUGGUAUGAGGUUGCAAAUCUACGUCAAUAUUCCCUUUAUGGCCUCUACAAUAAUCUUCAUGAUAGUCUCUAAGAGUCAGUUCAAUAAUAUUUUCUAAGAUCCAUCAUAUCCUUUGUAAAGUAAUCAGGCAAAAUCAGAGAGACAGGACAUCUGAUGUUAAAGAUUCAUUUUUUUAACAUAUUUCUUCAGUACAUAUAAGAGAUAA